GUGUAUAUUUGCCUUUGAAACGCGUACGACGUGUUAACGAACGUCGCUCUCACUCUUUAUAUAUUCAAACGUAAGAAAAAUAUAUCAAUAACGGUAUACCUAUAAUAAUUUAAACUCGUUUUCGUUAGUCAAUAAUUACUACACUUCGGGAAAUUUAUAGAAAUAUGCUCGGUAAUCGAAAUUGAUAAUUAUCUGCCGCAAUUUAUUACAGUGAGAAUUCGUAUAAUACGAGUGAACAGAUCGUCUUUCGGGAACAAUUUUGGUGCAAUUAGACGUGUGUGAUUUCUCAAUAACAUUGUUCGUACCAGAGAAUCAAACUAUACAUUAUAUCUCAUUUGAAACAAAUAUGGGUGCGAAAACGCAUGCAAAAAUUGCAAUAGGUAUCUUUGUAGUGCAGUGUUGAGUUCAACAGAAUCCAGCAAGUCACUGAUAUGUGUUAGAAUUCGGUGGAAGAAAUCUCUUGUUAUGUUACUGUUUUUUUUCGAACCCAACGCUUGAUUUGAACUAACUUAAUGCCAUAACAGAAAAAAAUUAGACGAGAGAAAGAGCUAACAAUAGAGCUAAAAAGAGCAUGUAGUAAUCGUUAUCGUCACACCGCAGUAUACCACACCCACACACAGUGCCGAAAGUGAUGUUUUUAAUGUGAAAGCUAGACAGCGACCGAGUAAGUGUGAUAAAUCAUUUCUCGCCCGUCACACGCAUAGCCGACGACAUUGUGCGAUGAACUUUCCUCGUUGAAUAGAAAUUGUAAUUGAUAUUCUUGUUUCGGGCUGCUGAGAAUUCAUCGCCACACAAAAAGUUGUUGCAUGUUUGUGUACUGUGUUUACUGCUGACCGGAAACUUUUCGCGUGAUAUGAUAGAGAUUUUCGGAUUGUUUGUGAAAACAUCAUGAACCGGGAAUGCCAGUAUACGUAAAUAUUGCAGAUAUCACUCAAACACUGCAGAAUAGCAAACUGAUGCUGUGAUUAUAGUUUAUUAUCAGGUGAAAGUUUUAGUAUUCAAAAUAUUGUCAAAGCACAAGAGUAUACGUAAUUUUAGUGACCAAAGCCAUUAUAAAGUAUUCGAUUCGGUUAUUGUGUACACGCUCAAAUGUGCGUAGCAAUUGUUCCUGAUAUUUUGGGAAAAAAAACAUAAUUGUUAAUAUGGAAAGUACAAUUGAAUAAACAAACAGAAGCCAAAAUAAUAAUUUUGUUAAUUUUCAUUUGAAUGAAGAAAAGAUUUCUUAUCAAUGUUCUUAGUCAGGAAAGCCAACGUCUCCUUAUGAUACAUCAGGAGCAAUGCUUUCGUAAAACCUUAAAAAAUAAGCAAGUUUAUUUUAAAAACUUGCAAAGUAUUACGAACUUACUGUAAAUUAGCAAAAGUGAACAUAAGGGAGGUGGUAACAGUGGUCGUGUUAAUUCGUGAAGACUAAAAAGUUUUGUUAUAGUGUCAGGAAUCUAAAUCGACGCCAACUCUUGAAAUUGAUGGCACAACCUAGGUACGAUGACGGCCUGCACGGCUACGGGAUGGACGGAAGUGCAGCGGCGAUGUAUGAUCCACACGCUGGUCACAGACCACCGGGUUUAUCUGGCUUACCUCCCCAUCAUUCUCCUCAUAUGAAUCAUGCUGCGGCUGCAUCAGUCGGGAUGCAUGGUUAUCAUGGAACCUCUAGUCAUGUAUCACCAGCCACCAGUCAUAUGGGAGCAGUGCAGCCAGAUGUGCACAAACGUGAUAAAGAAGCUAUCUAUGGGCAUCCGUUAUUUCCACUGCUAGCACUAAUAUUUGAAAAAUGUGAGCUAGCGACGUGUACACCUCGAGAACCAGGUGUAGCAGGCGGUGAUGUGUGUUCGUCCGAUUCUUUUAGUGAAGAUGUGGCUGUAUUUAGCAAACAGAUACGCCAGGAAAAACCCUACUAUGUGGCGGAUCCCGAGGUGGACUCAUUAAUGGUGCAAGCCAUUCAAGUACUUCGGUUUCACCUCCUAGAACUUGAAAAAGUGCACGAAUUAUGUGAUAAUUUCUGCCAUCGAUAUAUUUCAUGUUUAAAGGGUAAAAUGCCAAUUGACUUAGUGAUUGACGAACGGGACACCACCAAACCACCAGAAUUAGGCGGUGCUAAUGGCGAGGGUAGAAGUAAUGCAGAUUCAACAUCGCAUACAGAUGGAGCUAGCACACCAGACGUUAGACCACCGAGUUCAUCGAUAUCAUACAGUGGUGCAGUGAAUGACGACGUGAGAUCACCUGGUUCUGGGAGUACACCAGGCCCCUUAUCAUCACAACCUCCUCCUGGUCUCGACACAUCCGACUCUGAUGGUAAGUUCUUCGAGAUUGAUGAAUGAAGUGUAACUUAUAGUAAGGCAAGUAGAAC